CAUCAUGCUCUGUGGAGUUGUGAGCGGAAGUAUUCGCUUUUAUGUGCUUAUUCAAAACGUUAAACCAUGAAGCUUAAAAUGCAUUUUUCGAAUUGAUAUUUCUGAGCAUUUUAGCGUUGGUUGUGAAAAGUCAUUAUUAAUGGAGCACAAAGACAGAUGCUCUCAGGAGGAGGUGGAUGGAGACAGUUGUGGAUCCUCCACCGCAGGUUCGCCGGUGAUGGACCGCAACCCAUCGCCUCCACCCGAGGAAGAUGAGACUGAGGAGGCGGACGCCAUCGGGGAGACCGUGUACAGCAAGCACUGGCUCUUCAGCACUCUGACCCGCCUUAUUCAGAUGGUGACAGAUCAGGAAAGUGGGCCGAGUGAUUCUUCAGUGGAACUGACAGAUGAUCUGGAGGAGGACUUGUGUAAAGUUUGGGACAUGGCUAUGGAUAAGGAUGUGGCUGUUUUUCUUCAGGAGUUCAAAGCUCAAGACAUCUUGCUGGGUGUGAUCGCAAAGUCACGUAGUCCGCGGCUCACGGAAAUCUGUGUUGGAAUUCUGGGUAAUAUGGCCUGUUUCCAUGACACAUGUGUGUCUCUCAGCCAGAACUCUGACCUAUGCUCUGUGUUACUUCUUCUGCUCGGGGACAAUGAUCCACCUACGCUCUUGGAGACUUGCAGGCUCCUGCUAACGUGCCUGUCUCAGCCUGAUGUCGCCCCUCUGUGGCUGGAGAGGAUACGGCAGCAGCCGGCGGUGUGCUGCAGUCUGUGUUUCAUCAUGAGCAGCUCCACCAAUGUAUCAGAUGGAGCUUGUGGUCGUGCGGUGUGGAUGUUUGUGUGUAAGAUAGUAUGUGAGGAUUUAUGUCAAGCAGACGAUCCUCCUCUCAUCCUGCAGGAGCAGAAAGCUCUCCUGGCCCCAGCGCUCGCCUUACUCUCAGCGUUACACUCCAGCCUGCAGACAGCUAUCAGUACAGAAUUAUUAGGAAGUCUUAUUCGCAUUCUGCAGUUCAAUACUGAAUGGCGUCAGAGCCGAACAGCUGGAAACUCCGAAUCGGAAGAGAGUCAGAAAGAAGAAGUGAAGCAAGAGGAAGAUGAACAGCUCAAGGCUUUAGUCGAAACCACAGCAGAGUUCCUUUCAGCCAUCCUUAUGCAACUGAAUAAGGAUCUGUUGUCAUCUAUAGUCAAGGAAGGGUGUUUGACAGAGAGAAGCUGUGUGUCUGCUGUUGGCACCCUCGUACCUCAACAUAUAACGGCGGUCCAGCACCUGGUUAGCUUGUUGUCAGAAGUGGAACCGAAACUGGCAGACAUUAUAAAAAAGGACUUUUCUAUUUCAACCAAUGUGUCAAGCUGAAGCAUCUAAAAGGAAACAUUCUUCAGCGAAGUUCUCCGACCCAAAAGACUGGAGAUAAGUUCAUCUCCUUAUAAAAGGACUCGUCUUUUGUUUUGAUACAACAAAAAAUAAAAUGGCUUUCGUUAUAUCUUAAAAUAUUUGUUUCAAUUGUGUAUAUUAUCGUUUUGUUUGUAUACACCAGCAUUUCUAUUUAGUAAACAA